GUCAUAUGUAACCAAUUCUAUGGUUAGUAUUGAACGGUAAAAUUUACAUUAAUAGUUUCAAGGCGUAAAUUAUUCAAGGGAAUUACACGUAAUUACAACAAACAUUACUUUGAUAAACUUAUCGAAGGCUUCUUAAUCGAUUUAAAUAUAUUAAAAUGGUGUUAAUUCGUCCAGAAGAAAAACAAAAUAUGGCUCAAGUUGAAGGCCAAAAUUCGAUAAAAGUGAAAACACCUAAAAGAGUUUUGCAUUUUAGUGAUGGCAUACUAGAAGAAUACAGUACAGAUGAAGAAGAUAACAGCACACAAAAUCAACAAAUCGAUCCCGCUACUAUGACAUGGGGACCCUGGUUUUGGUUGAAAGCUUGGUCUGCAGGGAAUUCAACCCUAAAUGUGGUAGAUACAAUAGGAGAAUUUCUGUCAUCAGUUUUUGGAAUUACUACACCAAGAUAUUAUUUUGAACUGGAAGAGUAUAAGAGAAGAGAAGAGCAAAAAAGAAGGCAGAAUGAAUUAGCUUCUGGAUGGUCACAACCAACAAAUACUAGUGUUUCUGUACCUUUGAAAGACAUGGGAAAUUCAUCACAACCAAUUGAUGUUUGAGAUUUUGUCAAAUAAAUACAGUUGAAUAAGUUCUUUGGUUAAUAACUUUUAUGAGGCACUAUAUUUUCUUCUACCUGAAUUGAAUCUUAUAUAAAAAUGUCAAAGUACAAUGAUAACAUUAAAAUACUUAUAUAUAUACUUAUUUUAAUUAACUUCAUUUCAGUUAAAACAUAUCUUUGAUAUUGUUUCAUUUGUAAUGAAGAUAUUAGUUCUGUAAAAAUGAUUUACAAAUAUUGCAAAAUUUAGAUUGAGACAAUAUAAUCACUAUGAAAAAUUGAAUCUGUAUGAAGUGUGAUUCUAUACAUUUAUAAAAAUAGUAGAAAAUAUAUAACUUUUAUGCAAA